AUGGAGCUCAAGAAGCGCCUCAACUUGGGCAGCUUGAUGCGCAAACGAUCCUCGCAAACAGCCCAAGAUGUCAAUAUCGACUCAAAUGCUGACACGCCCGAGGCAAAUGCCACCAGGGGAGUGAUGGCCUUCUGUGAGUCUGGUGCCGCAAACUCGGGCGAAGAAGUCCUCCACCUGCCUACCAUCGUCGAGUCCGCCGUCGCAAGCCCGAGCGCUGCAUCAGCCGCCGCAAGACAGAUCCGCAUCUUCCUCUCCAAAGAGAACUUUACUCGCCCUCAUGUCCAGUACAAUGCCAUGAUGCUUGUUAGAAUCUUGGCCGACAAUCCGGGUCCAUCCUUUACCAAGAAUAUCGACAAGCAGUUCGCCGACACAAUCAAGGACCUACUUCGCAAAGGUCGAGAUCCAAGUGUAGCUCAGAUUGUGAAAGAGACGCUGGAUUCAAUGGAGCGUGAAAAGGGUUAUGACACCAACCUGAACACGCUGUUCACCAUGUACAAGAAAGAAAAGGGCCUCAUGGCAGUCGCCGCAAAGCAGUUUGGCCCCCGGAAGCUCCAUGCGCCAGGCUGGUCAGCGUCGCAGAACAUACAAGGCGGCUUUAGUUCAGGACAUAGGUCAUCAUCCAAGACACUGCCGCCGCCAGUAGAGCUCGCAGGUCGCAUCGAGGAAGCGCGUACAUCGGCCAAGCUUCUCCUGCAGCUCGUACAAUCCACGCCAGCAAAUGAACUACUCGGUAACGAGCUGGUCAAGGAAUUCGCUGAGCGCUGCACGGCCGCCCAGCGCAGCAUACAUGGCUACAUCGCAUGCGACAAUCCAGCGCCCGACGAUGACACUAUGCUCACGCUGAUCGAAACCAACGAGCAGCUCUCCCUCGCUGCCUCCAAGCACCAGCGCGCCGUCCUCCAAGCCCGUCGAUUUAUGGGUGCUUCGCCAUCCCCACCGGUACAGAGUGGAAUUGCCAUGCCGCCGCCACCGCCGCCGAAUGGCAAUACUAGUCCAGCUGGUGUGCCUUCAAAUAACGAUGCACCUUCCAUACCUGCUAUGAACUUUGGAACGACACAACCUAGCCAAACAAUCGGUGCAACACCUACAAACUACGGGAGCGAUCAAAGCAAUCUCCCUCCGUCACUGCAGGCGGCACCGAACCGUACACAACCGAGCGCACAAGAAGAGAACCCAUUCGCUGAUCACUACACGACUACAUACACACCUCCAGCGCACCAGAACUCUUCACCGUCAAACGAUUAUGGUGGCUCACCGGAUCCCUACCAUCCCGGUUUCCAGUCAACUCCAUCGUAUCUGGGCCGACAAGAGAGCUCCGCAAACAACUUGACCAUGCACGGCGCGCAACAAUCAAUCCCAGAAGAAGAUGACCAUAUGCGACCGCGCACUGAACGCCCGCGGACACCUGACCUCAACGUGCCUCAGCAGCAGGCUCAUGACGUUUCGCCCGUCGCAGAGCGUAAUACCGUCACGUACAGAUAUUAG